UUCUCUUGACCUCCCAACGACGCGUACAGCCUACAGGAAAUGUUCCAGGAUUCAUCGAACAUGGACCGUGUAACACAAUUUCAAGAUGCAAUUCAGCAGCUGCUUUUGAUCAUGUCUAGCAGUAUCGGGUACCUCUCAACGCGCCAGACAUCAACUGAAAUACCGGUUACAAAGCGGAGAAGCUCGGACAAGUAUGACUCUAUAGAAGACUUUGAGGAGAACAAACGGGAAGUUGUUACGGAUUUGAUUGUGAAAGCUAAGCAGCUGGAGUUUCUCAUAAGCUCGUUUCCGGAGGCAGAGUUAGAAGAAGAACAGGCUCGGAGACUAGAAAUGCUUGAAGACGAGGCGCAGAAAACAAACGAAGAAUACGUUCAGAUAGUUGCUCGUACGAGUUGGAUCCCUUCAUUUACAAGUCACUGAAGCACUUCGCCUUGUACUAUGCGGAAAUCUCGACGCGGGUGCUUCGCCAGAUUAAGAGUUUACCCAAAGUCGAAAGAGGAGCUUGGAAAUGACACUUAAAGUUCAUCAUAGAAGUGCACCCUAAACCCAACUCGGAGUCUACCUCGCACGACAUCCCGUUUCUAUGUCAAAGUGUCGAAGAACGUCGUCUCUCGGCGAUGGCAUCUGUGGUUGGUUUCGCUUCCGUCGCAAUCUCCACAUCCUCUCGUCAUGAACGACUUCCCAUCGACGUCUUUCAUGUCCUUACAUAUGGCUGCGGUCGUUUAUCAUUCCUCACUUCACGCAUUUGAAACAUUUAUCCUAUCGAGCAUAGUUCAAUGGCAGUGUGAAAAUUAUCAUUGUCAAGCUGAUUUCGCUUCCGU